AUGCUACUGUACCUUGUCGUCGGGCUAUCGAUUUUGGGCCUUGGGCAGGGGGCCAGCGAUGAUAUUAAUGUGAAGAUUGAAAGGCAUUUUCCGUGCUCCGCCGGAACAGGACCGAACAAGGAAAACCUCCGGAUAAAGUUCCCCUCGUACAAAACGACCGGGGUCAAAUUCAUCGAGGAGACCAACACCGAUGGCAACAAGUGUUUCCGGAUGGCUGGAGGAAAGGUGGAGGUGUACGCGCCUGGAAUGGAUGGGCGCAAAUCGUACUACGUCCACCUCGAGACCAGGAUCGGAAUUCACGGAAAGCCCGAGCGAUGCGUGAAUGCUGAUGCGAAUGGCUGUGGUGGUAUCGGAUCUUGUGUCCACUGCGACAUUUGCCACCAGAUGGGCGGCAACCUGAAGAACUUUGUCCAGAUCUUCCAGGGCAACAAGCUGGCCCAGUGCUCCGCUGAGGGCCUCCCACCCGGCGCCUACACCGAUCUCUCGCUUCGCGUCUGCCUGCCUACCAAAAAUGAGCUGUUGCCCUUCCUUGACAAGAACUCUGCGCGCGCCGAGCAACUCUGGGAGCUGUUCGUCUCCAGCCGAGCCCGAUCCGGGGAAAUUCCGCUCGUCAUUGCCGCGCGUCUUUUCGAUCGCCCGAUCAACAACUUGGACCACAAGGUCCUAAACGACCUCCUUCACGGCUCGAAGGCCGGCAUGGUCGGCUGCCACUGGAUCUACGCCACCGUUUCACAGAGU